AUGUUGCCUCAAGAUAUUCUUUCAGAAUACAGAGCUUUUGCUAGAAGGAUUCGUCUUCGUGCUUUUUUCGGCGAAGAUCCAGUUGUUCCUGUUGAUAUUAAUCUUGCUUUUUCAGGCAUUUUUCCAUAUCAGUUUCGGUCUUCCAACUCUUCUUGGAAUCCUCUGAAUCCAUCUUUGAUGCUCGAAGACAUUAUUAAAGUUGGGGAGAGUAUUGUUUCUCAAAAAAUGGCAGGUGUCUCUUUUUCUGCAUCUCCUAUGCUACCUUCCAGGCUUCUCAAAGCCCUCAAAUCUCUUCAAAGAGAUCCUUCCAUAAUUAUCAAACCAGCAGACAAAAAUUUGGGUCUUGUGGUUUUGGAUAAAUCCUGGUAUGUUAAUGAGGGCAAGCGGCAACUUGGUGAUCAUAAUGUUUACUGUUUGGUUGAAGAGGUACCUUGGCAGGUAAUGCAAAUUGAACUUCAAGCUAUUCUUUCUAGAUAUUCUUUUUUCCUUAAGAAUGUCGAAAGAUUCCUUUUGAAGAAUCCAAUUUCUCAAGCACGUCCAUGUGCUUUUUACCUCUUGCCUAAAAUUCAUAAGCCCACCUUGGUUGGUAGACCUAUUUGUUCUUAUUCAGGAUACUUCCUUGAGCCUGUUUCUAAGUUUCUGCAUUUUAUGCUUCUCCCAAUUUUGUUGGCUCAACCUAACCAUCUUGCAGAUUCCCUUUCACUGCUUCAGGACUUGAGAUCUCUCUCUUUCCCUAGAGAUUGUUUCCUCUUUUCAUUCGAUGUAGAAUCUCUUUAUCCUAGUAUACCCACUGCUUUGGGUCUUACUGCCUUGAAAGAAAUGUUGUCUCUUUACUUUGCAGAGCACAAGUUGAACCUUUCCCUCAUUCCUUUGAUCAUGAGGCUUGCGGAGUUGGUUUUACAUUAUCAUUUCCUUGAAUUUGAUGGGUUGAUUUAUAAGCAAAUCAGAGGUACAGCUAUGGGGAGUAAUUUUGCAGUGGUCUAUGCUUGUUUGUUUCUAUGUCAUUUGGAAAGCAAGCUAUCUUCUAUUGUGGAUUUAUCUCCUCUUCUGUUUUAUAGAAGAUACAUUGAUGAUGCAGUAGGUGUUUGGGGUGGUUCAGAGGAUUCUCUUCACCAAUAUCUUUCUGCUUAUGCCAGUUAUUAUCCAAAGAUUAAUAUCACUUCAGUUAUCUCUUCUACCUCAAUUGUGCUUCUGGAUAUCCAUUUCUUCAAGGGUUCAAAUUUUGAUGCCACCGGUAUUCUCUCCUCUCAGUGCUUUCAGAAGGAGUUGAAUGCUUACCAGUACAUUCCCUUUUCAUCUUGGCAUCCCUUGCAUCAGAAAUGCUCAUUUAUCAUUAGUGAGAUCAGGAGAUUCCUUCUUCGGGAAUCUAAUCUUGCUGGUUUUGUUCGUCUCAAGAAGAUGCUCUAUUUCAGAUUACGGGCUCUUACACAAGAAUGUUUCUUCAUCAUUGCUUCUCUCAGGUUUCUACAAAGGACAAAGUUGCGCUUCUUCACAAGGUGUCUGCACCUGAGAUAA